AUGGUCCGUCAUAAAAAGGACAACUUUUCUCGAGGAGGCAAGAAGCCGUCGAACCCCCGCUCCCGACCAGUGCCCCGCGGCGAUGCAAAUGACGCAGCGCCUUCUUCGCGACCUGCAUUCCGAGCUGCUUGUUGGGAUAUGGGGCACUGCGACCCGAAAAGAUGUUCCGGGAAGCGCCUUAUGAAGCUGGGGUUGAUGCGUGAGCUUCACAUCGGACAGCGGUUCCCAGGCGUGAUCGUUUCACCCAAUGCGAAGAAGGUUGUUUCCCCUGCCGACCGAGAAUUGAUGGAACAACAUGGUGCUGCAGUCGUGGAGUGCUCCUGGGUACGAGUCAAAGAAGUCCCAUGGUCGCGCAUCGGUGGAAAAUGCGAGCGUCUGCUUCCCUAUCUCAUUGCUGCGAAUACAGUCAACUACGGAAAGCCGUGGCGUCUAAACUGCGUUGAGGCUUUGGCCGCUUGCUUUUACAUUUGUGGUCACCGAGAAUGGGCAGAGGAGGUUUUGAAGAAUUUCAGAUACGGGGAAGCAUUCCUGGAAAUCAACUCAGAACUCCUCGACCGCUAUGCGGCUUGUGAAAGCGAGGAGGAUGUGAAACGUACGGAAGAGGAAUGGCUGGCCAAGAUUGAGCAAGAAUAUGAAGACAGCCGCGUCGAGGGCGCUGACGAUAUAUGGACUGUUGGCAAUACCAAUCGCCAGCCUUUGAACCACGACCCCUCUGACGACGAUGAAGACGACGAUGAAGACGACGAGGACGACGAGGAGAGGGGAAAAGACGGCAGUGAUGACGACAGUGAAGCUGAGGAGGGAAGCGAAGACGAAGCAGACAAAGAUCCGUUUGCCAUUUCGGACGACUCCGAGGAUGAAGAACAAAUGGCUGAGAUUCGGCGCAAGAUUCUAGAAUCCAAAGCGUUUAAGAAUCCCUCCGCCCCGGAAAAAGAACAGCCGGAGAGGAUCGCGCGUCCCGAACAGCCUUUGUACGUUGACUCGGACGCUGAAUCGGGGUCCGCCGGAAGCGAGGAUGAGGAUUUCGACAAUAUCAUCAACGCGACGACAGUCACGGAUCGCACCGGUAUCAAGGAGAUUCAACGACGACGUGGAAAAGAAACCGUCAGUGCAUCUUUCUCACGCACCGAAAUUUCUGCGCCGAAGAGGUGGUGA